UGCCUGCCCAAACCUUUCCCCUGUGUCCGUCCUGCUGGCUGCAACAUGGCUAACCACAUGGAGCUCCUCAGAGAGCUCCAGCAGCUGGACAAGGGCCCGAGUCUGGAGCGGCUCAGGGCAGCCCAGAAACGUCGAGCUCAACAGCUCAAACGCUGGGCUGCCUACGAGAAGGAGAUGCAAAGCAAGAAGCGCAAAACCGAAAAGCGGCGUGGUAACGACACCCAUGGAAACGGCUCUGAAAAUCACAAGCGUGUCUCCUUCGCUGCGAGCGUGGCCCUGCUGGAGGCAUCGGCCAGGAACGACCCAGAGGAAGUGCGUUAUCUGCUGAGGAAUAAUGUGAGUCCCGACCUGUGUAACGAGGAUGGACUGACAGCGCUGCAUCAGUGUUGUAUAGAUAACUACCAGGAGAUUGUGAAGAUUCUGUUGAACAGAGGGGCCUGUGUGAACGCUCAGGAUAAUGAACUGUGGACACCCCUGCAUGCUGCAGCCACCUGUGGACACACUGACCUUGUCCAGAUUCUCAUUCAGCAUGGAGCAGAUCUGUUAGCUGUCAAUUCUGAUGGAAACAUGCCCUAUGACCUGUGUGAAGACGACCCCACCCUUGACAUCAUAGAGAACGCUAUGGCCAGUCGAGGCAUCACCCAGGAGAUGAUAAAUGAAACAAGAGCAUCGGUGGAGCACAGGAUGAUAGAAGAUAUCCAGAACAUUCUACGACAUGGAGAGGAUGUGAACCAGCAAGACUCACAGGGUGCCACACUGCUCCAUAUAGCGGCAGCCAAUGGCUACGUCCAGGCUGCAGAGCUGCUGCUAGAGGCGGGAGCGAGGACAGACCUCAGGGACUCUGACAGCUGGCAACCACUGCACGCUGCAGCCUGCUGGGGACAGAUUCACAUAGCCGAGCUGCUGGUGUCUAAUGGUGCCAGUCUAAACACGAAAACAUACAUGGAGGAGACACCUAUAGACUUGUGUGAAGAUGAGGAGUUCCGGAACCUACUCUUGGAUCUCAAGCACAAGCAUGACAUAAUCAUGAAGUCACAACUGAAGCACAAGACGUCUCUGUGUCGCCGCACGUCCAGCGCUGGCAGUCGUGGGAAGGUUGUGAGGAGGGCUAGUCUGUCAGACAGACACAACCUCUGCCGUAAGGAGUAUGAGACAGAAGCCAUUGUCUGGAGAGGGGAGAGAGAGGAGGCGGACAGAGAGAAAGAGUCUGAGCAGGAGAGCAGCCAUUCAGUGAAGCCUGGACCUCUUAAACCUCUGAAGGAGGGGACCAAACAGAAUGGCUCUGUUUCUGCCACAGCGUCCAGUGCCACCCAGUUAACCACCAGUGGAGAGACUUUAAGCUCUGACUCCUGCAGUCUCUCACCCACCUCCCCGUCAGAGGAGUCCCGGCCAAAGGAGCGUGCACAGACGCUUUCUGAACUCAAAAAGCAGCGCGCAGCUGCCAAACUGCUCAACCACCCUUUACUCAAUGGUCACCUAAGCAACGGGUCCACGAGCUCCAGCGAACGUAAGGACAGCCCAGAUGACCCCAGCAUGCCCCUGGUGUCAUCCAAUGGCUGCACUGUUUACUUCACUCCCGCCAGUGGGGACCCGCCUCUCCUCAAACUGAAACAGCCAGUGGACGAGGCAGUCCCCAAGGAUCACAGAUGCUGCUGUGUUUCAUAG